GGACAAGGUUAGUUAUUUAAUACUAACAAUAAAAACUAUUCUGAGCAACAAAAUUGAGAGCAAAUUGCCUCAGUAUGCUGCUCUCAACCUUUUUAAAAUUCCAAGCUCAAAAAAAGCUAAAUUUGAGUCAAUUCUUGACGAAAAGUUAAAAAAAUUAAAAGAACUAUUCAUUGAAGAAAGAAACAUCUUCCGAGAAAUAGUAAAUAAUGCGGCUAUUAACAAUAGCCCAAAAGUAGAAAGAAAGCAGCAAUCUGAUUGCAAGACCGAAUCGAGCAAGCAAUCUGACUGGUCAGAGAUUGUAAAACGUAAAAUUAAAAAGAGCUCAAAUGUUCAACACGUGGCGAAUGUUCAACACGUGGCGAACAUCAACAUGUUGAAAACAAAGAAAAAAACACACAACACUAACAUAGCAAAUAUGAAAACAGUUAUAGGCACCCAAACUGAUAAACAAACAAAUUUGAAAGCGAUGAAACCUUCGCCAAAAAGAAAAGUUUUUUACGUUGGUCGAUUGGACCAACAAUGCACUGCAAAAGAGUUAAGCGAACACAUAAAUGAAUUGAAAAUUGAGACAAGCGCUGAAUUCAGAGUUUGUAUUUAUGAAACAGACUCAGCUGAGUUCAUGAAUGCAGAAAACUGGCCAGACCAAAUCAUCGUCCGCGAAUGGUGUUUCAAUGAUCUGUCGGCAAAUGUUGUCAAUGACCUAAAAAGCAAACGAGGCGGAGGUGUUGGUGUGUUCAUAAAGCAUGACAUCAAAUAUGUUGUAAAUGAUAACAGUGCAUUUGAUGAUGAAAAUGUCGACGUUCUCUGUGUGGACAUUGAAUCGGGGCAUGCUUCAUCUAGGGGAGUUAUAAGCAAAAUCAAAAAUAAAUUAAAUAAACCUACUCUAAUUGACCUGUAUUAUUCGUUAAUCUUUCCUCACCUCAUCUACUGCAACGUAAUUUGGGGAAACAGUCCUGACAUUCAUCUGAAACAGUUAACAAAAUGCCAAAACCGAUUCAUCAGAAUAUUUAAAAAUCUUCAUCUUCAUUGUCACACAAGUGAACAUUAUCUCGAGAUGAAAAUACUCAACAUCAAAAACUUGUUCAUCUACCACGUUGCAACAUUCAUUUUUAGAUUUCUACGUCAGCAAUUGCCGGCAUUUUUUAGAGACUUUUUCACUUUUGGAACUUCUAUUCAAGCAAGAACUACACGCCACACGCCACUUUUCUAUGCUCCACCAGCCAGAAUUAAAGUACUCUGCAUGAGUUUGAAACACACCGGCCCAGGAAUAUGGGAGACGAUUCCACAAGAAAUUAAAGAUUGUAACACUUUGCAUCUUUUUAAAAAUAAACUGAAAAAUUUUUUAAUUACAAAAAGUUCUGUUUUUAAAGAAUAA